AUGCAUGAAACGGGCGAGUACAAACGGAAUUUCAGCACGCAAGUGUCGAAGAAGGAUAAGAACCAGGGUACAGUGACGCAUGAACCCUACUACCGACAAUUAGAAGAAGUGAUGAAACAAUCUAGCGAAACCCCAAUGACCUACUGGCUUGAUCGAGCUGUGGGUUCGCCAACUCCCUUGCAGUUCGCCGCCGGUUCGGAUAUUGUGUCUGAUUUGUCAGCGACAUCGGAAAUAAGCAGCAUUUCUAGCAAAGGCAAGUCUGACUCACUUAUUUUGAUAGAGGUGACAAACACAAUUAAACAGCAAUACAUAUGCUAUUUCUGUUCUAACAACACUACACAAGCUUUCAUUUUCUAA